AUGAAGAAAAUAGUUGUGAUAUUCAUUGUAACCACAAUUGCAUUUGUGGUGUUUAUUAGUUUCACGGCAGUGGUAAUAGGCCUCGCAGUUGGUCUUUCUGUUGGCGAUGAAAGUAGUUCAUCAGUUCCACACGAAUGUAUAAGUGGGACUUAUUACUUCAAAAGAGUCGACGAACCUCUUGGUAAUCCGUUGAAAGGAUUUUGCAAUUGGUACGGCAACAGUAAUGUGCCAAAUGUACCAUUUUCACUGCAAUAUAGUCGCAUCGAAGUCGACAAAUUACUUACAAAAGAGAACACUGUUGAUUUGUCUGCUUUAGAACAGAUACUAGUCAAGUGCAACAAUUCGAAGACACAAGCUGUCGUUCGACUUGUGUUGGACGCUCCAAGCGAAAAGUCGUUUGUCCCCCGAUACAUCCAAGACAAAAUAACGAUGUACUCGUACGGAUAUGACCCCGCUCAAAGUCCCAAUUACAACGACAAUUAUCUCCUCGAGCAAUUGUCAUAUUUGAUGACUGAAAUUGGAAAGGUUUAUGAUGGGGACGGGAGAAUUGCGUUUUGGCAAUUAGGGCUAUAUGGGCACUGGGGCGAGUGGCACGAGUAUUAUAUCAAAGACACAACUAAAAAAGCGACAUCUGCCACAUUAGAUCGCAUCAUGGACAUGCAUUUGAACAAUUUGAAAAGAACGAAAUGCGAAGUUAGAAUCGCAGAGGAGAGAAGUGAAUUAAGAAAGAUAGGACUGUAUCAUGACAUGUUUAAUAACCAAGACGACGACAGUUAUAUGAUGUCUUUGAUGAUAACACAUAACAUGACAGACAGAUGGAAAACAGAGAGUUUCGGAGGAGAGGACUAUCCAGCUGGACAAAGUGAGAUGUUUUCGACUGAUUCGAAACUUGAAAAGUACUUAGAAAAUGUUGAACUGUUUCACCCAUCAUUCAUGUUAUCUGCCGACUACUUUAGCAAAAAACAAACUGAUGAGAACUUUAAUAAGAGAAGAAAGAGAGCAGAGAGGAAGAUGGGGUACAAUUUGUUCUUACAAACGAGUCGAGUGGAAUAUAUAACAGACUCAAUUCAAAUCAACGUGAAUGUGUCAAACGAUGGUGUUGCACCGUUUUACUACGACUGGAAAGUUAAUUUUGGAAUAAUCCAGAAAGAGUCAAAUGGUAAUGUGACUAUUAUCAAAGAAGAGCCAAGUAGUGUUGUUAUAUCUGGUAUAUUACCAGGAGUAACGAAAGAGUGGGGCUACACUUUUGGUGGGUUACAAAAUGUGGAACAAUACAUGAAAGACGAUAUUUUUGUAGCACUUCGUGUGCCAAGUCCAGUAAAUUCGUUUGUAUUGUUUGCGAACAAAGAACAGCGGGAUGAUGGUUGGGUUGUGUUUGGUAAAUGUUGA